AUGUCGGAAGAUAGCAGGAUGUACGUUACUGCCUACAAAUGGAUCAAUCAAAACUACGUGCAGUAUUCUCCAAUUGAGUUUUCUGAUACAAUUUCAAACAUCCUUAUGUACAAGCAAUUCGAUUUAUGGAAGUUAGUUCACGAUCUGAGUAAACCGCCUUUAACAUGGCCUCUAUCUUACAAUACAGUCGUAACAUUGAUCCUCGCCGUAACAGCCGGUGGUUACGGUGAAGAGAAGAAGAAGGCAGAGAAGAGAGGCAUCAUCAGCAGCGGUUAUGGAGGAGGUGGAGGAGAUUACGGAGGCCAUGGUGGUGGUGGCAUCUCAUUGGGAGGUCACGGAGGAGGAAUAUCCUUAGGAGGAGGUGGCAUCUCAUUGGGAGGACACGGAGGCGGAAUCUCACUCGGCGGCGGCGGAGGUGGAUUCGGUGGUGGCCAUGGAGGAGGUCUUGGAGGUGGAUACGGUGGAGGAUUGGGAGGAGGAUUUGGCGGAGGAUUCGGAGGCGGUCUUGGCGGUGGUUUCGGUGGUGGAGGCGGCGGAGGCGGUGCCUCAGUCACGACCAUCAACCAAGCCGUGCCAGUAUCAGUACCACAACCCUAUCCAGUCACCAUAACUCGCCCAGUAGCAGUUCCAGUUCCAGUGCAAGUGCCAGUUGCGGUACCACGUCCAGUCGCAGUAGCAGUUCCAGUACCACAGCCCGUUGUGGUUCCCAGGCCAUACCCAGUCACCGUUACCAGAACUGUUCCAGUGCCAGUACCACAAGCAGUACCAGUUCCUGUACCUCAACCCAUCGGAGUGCCAGUACCUCAACCCUACCCAGUCACCGUCAACCAACCCGUUGCAGUCAGGGUACCUCAAACUGUUGUUGUUCCAGUUCCUCAGAUCAUUAGCUUAGGAGGAGGAGGCGGCGGCGGAGGCGGCGGUGGCGGCGGCGGCGGCGGCGGACACGGAGGUGGUGCCAGUAGCUAUACCAGUAUCUCCCUCGGCGGAGGACAUGGUUCCAAAUAUUGA